UGGGGGAGUGUGUGUGAUGCUACAACCUCCUUAUAAAGGGACUCUCUCUCACGUUGUGGCUUGGAAAUUAGAGCACAUUGCCUAAAAUUAAGGUCUCAACACACACGCCGAGUCACCGAGAAGCCGCUGCCAUGAACUGGAUGAACGUUGAGGAGACUCUCCGCAGGGCCGAGACGCCUCUCUUCUGGGUCGGUGCGUUCACUGUGGCCUCCCUGGCGCUGUGGCUGCUCUACAGGCUGCUCUCUGGCUUCAGGAUCUGGGUCUUGGGGAACGGACAGCUGCUCUCUCCGAAGCUGGGAAAAUGGGCAGUUGUGACUGGAGCCACUGAUGGAAUCGGGAAAUCCUAUGCGGAGGAGCUGGCUCGUCGAGGAUUCGCCAUGAUGCUGAUCAGUCGCUCGCAGGACAAACUGGAUGAUGUGGCCAGGUCACUUGAGGACCAGUACGCCGUGGAGACCAAAACCAUUGCAGUCGACUUUGGCAAAUCCGACAUCUAUCAAAAGAUCGAGGCAGGGCUGACUGGUCUGGAGAUCGGUGUUCUUGUCAACAAUGUUGGUGUUUCCUACCCUUACCCUGAGUACUUCCUUCACAUCCCUGAUCUGGACAAUUUCGUCACAAAUAUGAUCAACGUCAACGUGACCUCAGUGGUGCAGAUGACCCGUCUGGUGCUGCCCAGGAUGGCUGAGAGGUCUAAAGGAAUCGUCCUAAACAUCUCCUCUGCCAGCGGCAUGUACCCCGUCCCUCUGCUUACAGUCUACUCUGCCACUAAGGCUUUUAUGGAUUUCUUCUCCCGUGGCCUUCAUGAGGAGUACAGGCGUCAGGGCAUCAUCAUUCAGAGCGUGCUGCCGUUCUUCGUGGCCACUAAAAUGACUCGUAUCAGGAAGCCCACCCUGGACAAACCCACACCUGAGCGCUACGUUGCAGCUGAGCUCAGCACUGUGGGUCUGCAGAGCCAGACCAACGGCUACUUCCCCCACGCUGUCAUGGGUUGGUUGACCACCAAGCUCGUGCCGAACAACCUCGUCAUCUUCUUCGGCGCCAGAAUGAAUCGUCUGCAGCGCACCGGGUACCUGCAGCGCAGGAAGCUGCGGGAGCAGAAGAACGGCGUCGGUUUCAAAAGUGAAUAAGAAGACUGCUUGGAUGAAUCUGUAGACGGCUGCUUUGUUUUCAGCUGCUGUCGCAUUUAAGAAAAAAAGAGAUUGUGUGUGUGUUUUUGUAUCUGUGCGAUUGAUCCUCAAGCGUUACCUGAGAUUUCACCUUUGUGCCUUCAGUAAAUGUGCAAAAAAGAGUGUGCAUGACUUUGUGUUUAAAAAGGAAAACUCUGCCCUGAUGUGAUUUGUCCAGACCAAAAUAAUCAAAGAUGGCGGGAGCUGAAACCAUAAUAAAGUGCUGCUCUUUGCAAAGGACAUUUAUAUAUAUAUAUAUAUUUUGGUCACUGUUGGUGGAAACAAUAAAACCAUAAAGUGAGUUGUUAACCCUGCUGUUGUAAGCAGUGGAAAGAUGGUGACGGGUAUCUUUUUUUUUUUGUACGUAUAGUUAUUUAUUUUGUAAGAGCACACGAGCCAAAAACAGACUUUCAGUUUUCAACCUGUUUUCUAAUCAGUGAUUCAUUUAAAGAAGACAAUUCUCCUUCCUGUCAUGUCCGUGUAAUUCUCUAAUUGAGUGCCUCGUCUAUUGGCUCUUUCUGCCUUUUUUUUUUUUUUUCUAUGAUAUUGUGUGUGAACAUAUUUAAAAUGAUACUCUGUGGUGGGUUGUUGUUGCACCGAUGUGUCACUACUUCUAAGCCAAAGAUUGUCAUGUAUUUUCCAUUGUUGCAGUAAACCGAAGUGCCUUUCUACUGACAUGAAUGGUUGAUAUGGUCCGAUUCAAUGAGUGGGGCAGUGCCGGUUGAAACUGUAUUAAGGAUGUAAUUCACUUGGUGCUAAGUCUUACUCCCCAAAUCCUACCUUUUAAGUCAAAAUGGAAACCUUUCACAGACAAAGGAGAGCUUACUUACCUCUGAACAUGAAGUUUAUCCGGUGUGUUUCUUAAAGAUUUCUCAAGGGUGAAUAAUAGUUUUACAUUAGAAGUUGUAGUUUCAUUUACAGUCUUUGUCACAUCUCAUACUGUCUUACGUCUGCUCCAAAAUAAACAACAUUUUCCUCUUUACAGUUGCUGCACAGUUUUAAAAGAAGGCACUGUUUACAUUAAUGUGGCUGGCAACUUUUAUUUUAUACAGUUUGUUAAUAAAAGCUCUGGCAUACAGGA